AUUUCAUCUCUGUUUCACAUGAGGCUGACCUCUAGGCAGUGCUGUUGCACGUUUUAUUCACGUGGGUAACGCAUCGACUGCUACACACUCAGAUGCCAUGACAUCAAACCAAUACAAACUCUGCAAACUGUCGGCUAAGACUCAAGUUCCUGAGUGUUCAUUGGAAUCGGCGCGGCACGACCAGGUCUUUGCUUGUCCCCCAGACGACUUUGACAGAGCAUCCUUCGAAGCUGAAAAUGGUCGGCGGUCAGUUAUAAGGGAUGGUAGACUGCGGCGGCCGAGGCCAUCAGGUCGACGUUUACUUCCGGCUGCG